AUGCGGGACGACAACGUCAUCAGCGUCACCGGCCGUCGCAUCAACCCGGACGAUGGUGCGGUGGAGUACAGCGUGCAGUGGGCAGGGUACGACAACGUAUGCGACACAUGGGAGCCUCGCUGCCACCUCCUCGCCUGUUGUGCCGGCCUUGUCGGCGAGGUGGACGCACGCGAGGAGACCGCGGCGUUGCAGCGCAUCGCGUCGUGGGCACAGCGAGGUGAGGGGUGGAAACGUGCGCGAGACGCAAGUCCCGUGUCGGAGGUGGACCCGCCGCUGUACGGCAUCAUCGUGCACAGCGGCGCCGAGGAUGGGGCGAAGAGCAGGGGGUCGCUCGUGGCCCUCGGUGAGCGUGUCUUGGCGGACGCCACCUCGCUUGAUCUGAACCCAACGAAGAAGAAGCGGCUGCAGGGUCAAGGCGAGCAUGACCCCGCGUGCGACCCGGCGCUGCAGUUGGAAAAGUGCUGGCGGGAACAACACGCCGUGAGUUUCAUGCACACCUGCGCCGUUGCUGCCCGUCGCACGCCGGCACCGAUGCAGUUCGAGUUGGGCGCAGGCACCGAUAAGUGUCGUGACGCAUCGAAAAUAAAAAUAUAUGGCAUUGCGCCCGCCGCGCUCGUGCGAAGCGGCCAAAUGCACGACACCGUCACGAGUUGCGGGCCUCCUAGUGGCCGCUCAGAGGCGGAGCACCUCCACCGUCAGUGCAACUUCGACGGCGCGCUCGCACACACUGCGCAAACGCCUUUGCUCGGCAAGCGCGAACAACUUGUCGUGCGGUAUUUUCUCAUGAAAAACAAUGACGGGCAGGAGCAGACGCCGCUGACGAUGCCGCUGUCCGUUUUCCGUCGAUAUUACCCACAGUUGUUGCUGGACUUCCUGCUGCACCACGCGCUCGUCAUGGAGUCUGCGUAG